AAUAUGGCUGCGAGAUCUCCAAAAUGUAUUUCUUUCGGUUGAUCUUAACAUAAUAAUCAGGAAUAUCAACAAUUUUCCCUCUUCCGUCUCUAUGAUUUCGGAGAGAUGCAGAGUGAGAGUGAUUCCGACAAUGAGUUCUUCGAUGCUGCAGAAAAACUUAAUUUAUCUGAGUCUUUCUCUUCAGAUUCGAGAGGGCCAAAGGAUGAAGAGACCGCACAAAAGGAUGUAGUGGAUGGACUAUUUAGAAAUCAUUCAACUGAUAUUUCUUUGAAAGACCAGACUCCAGGAGAGGACUCAGUUCAGGCAGAAAGUUCUGUGGUUGAGCAAACAAAAGAGGCAGACAUUAUCAAAACUCAUGGAGAGAGCACUGCUUUCCAUCAGUCAACCAGUGAUUUGGGCAACCGAGAAGAAACCAGUGAUGCAUCUUUACCUUUUGACAUGACUCAUAAUGAUUGUAAACUUGACCCAGAAAUAACAGAUCCAAAUAGUUCAACAGACUUUCACAAUGUAGCUCAGGCUUGUUUAGGUGAAAGGGAAGUACAAAGUGACAAAAUGGUGACAAAGGAGACAACUGAAAGCACUGUCACAAAGGAGAGUGUAGGGUCUAAUGCUACUGUUGUGAAAAAGACAGAAUUUGCAAAAAGCAAAACAGAUGCCAGUCAGAUUGUUGCUGAUGUUGUUGAGAGUAUAGAACAGGAAAGUGCACCUCCUGUAGCUCCUCCCAGAAGACGGAAGAAAAAGAAGAAAGCUUCCAUAGGAGACCAGAAACCAGGGUCACCUACACCUUCAGAAAGCACUGGGCCAGACUCUGCUGUUUCUACACCUACAGAACCAGAAACACAUAUUCCUGCAAGAGUGUUUGCCAAAGCAGUUCUCUCUAAUGAACAGGAUAGCACAACAAAAGAAUUUGAAUCCCAAACUACUGGAUCUAAUCAAGACAAUCUUAUCAUUCAUGUUGAUGCAAAUAACAAGGAGAUGAAAACUGUGUUAGACAGAACAAGUUCAACAGAAGUUAUUCCUGCAUUGACUUUAGAUUCCAGACUGAAAUCCGACAGUGUGGCCUCCAUUAAUAGUGCAAAAUCAGAUAGCUAUGGAAGUGUUGCAAGUAAUUUAUCAAAUGGUAUUUCUGAAAAAGCAGGUUCAUUCACUUCUGUUGCUAGUAGUUUUUCAGUUCAUCAACCAUUUGGAUCUCACCAUGGUUUAGUCCGAUACAGAUCAGCUUCAGGAAGACCCUUGUCUGAUAUUGAAAUUUUAGAACAAGUGAUGGUAAAAAACCUUGACACUGGUGAAGCUGUACCACUGAGUGUAGCAGAGGAAAAAUUACCAAAAUGUACCAACCCUUUGGCUUUACAGAUCAUGAGAUUAACAUCUGAAUAUUCAAGCAAUCCAGACCUUGCAAACCAAGAUAAUGAGGAUGGACUGGAACGAAAAGCUGCAAAGAAGACGAAAAAACUGAAGAAAUUUUUUGGGAAAAAAGCAAAGAAGCCUGAUAAACCUGCAAAAGCUCGCAAAGAAGAUAGUUCCUCCAGUGAUGAAGAAACUCCUCAGGACUCUCCAGCUCCUCUCAUCAAGAUAAAAUCUGGUCAUGGUAAAGGUCCACCUGAGUUUGAAAAGUUGAGAAUUUUGCAGGAUCUUAGUGGGGAGCAUGUGGGAGCUGUGUGGACAAUUAAGUUUACUCUCUGUGGCAGACUUAUGGCUACAGCUGGUCAGGAUCAUAUGGUGAGAGUUUGGGUGCUUAAGGAAUCUCAAGGUUAUUUUGAAGAAAUGAGAGCAAAAUAUUCAAAAACAGGUGAUAAUUCAUCAUCAGAACAAGAACCAAAUUCAGAAGAAUACUCACAAAUGGAGGAAACUUUAAAAGGAGGUGAAGAAAACACAGGAGAUGCUGUGGAGGGGCAAACAGAAACCAGUGAAGCCAGUGAAGAGCCUGUUGCAGAAGCCCCUGUUGAAGAGGAUCUGGGCCCAUAUAUGAAAACACCUCUGUGUACUUAUUGUGGGCACACUGGAGAUGUUCUUGAUUUGUCUUGGUCAAAGAACUACUUUCUUUUGUCCUCCUCAAUGGAUAAGACUGUAAGGUUAUGGCACAUCUCCAGAUCUGAAUGUCUAUGCUGUUUUCAACAUAUAGACUUCGUGACAGCUAUUUGUUUUCAUCCAAGGGAUGAUCGGUAUUUCUUAAGUGGUUCACUCGACGGGAAAAUUCGUUUGUGGAACAUACCAGAUAAGAAGGUAGCAUUGUGGAAUGAAGUUGAAGGAACUGGGAGUAACCUAAUUACUGCUGCAAAUUUUUGUUUGAAUGGCAAAUUUGCUGUAGUUGGUACGUACGAUGGACGAUGUAUCUUUUAUGAAACAGAGCGACUCAAAUAUCAUACACAGUGGCAAGUGCGAGCUGCCAGAAACAAGAAGGCUCGCGGCAGAAAGAUUAGCGGUAUUGAACCCAUGCCAGGAGAAGAUAAGGUUCUUAUCACAUCAAAUGAUUCAAGAAUAAGACUUUACGAUCUCAAGGACAAUUCUCUGAACUGCAAGUACAAAGGUUGUGUAAAUACCAGCAGUCAGAUCAAGGCGGGUUUCAGCCAUGACGGUCAGUAUGUCAUUUGUGGCUCAGAGGAUCAUUUCGUUUACAUCUGGAGAACUCAACACGGAUUUCCUUCCUCCAGGCGGGACAAAAACGAGUUUUAUGAGAGCUUUUCAGCCCACGCGGUUGUGGUGACGGCAGCAAUGUUUGCCCCAGUUCCCUGGCUAAUCGUUCCUCCAGACUCGAGCGUUCAUCAAACCACGACAGAGGUACUUGUGACCGCUGACUGGAGCGGUGCCAUCAAAUUGUUUGUGAACAGAUGACACGCAGCUGCCCUUAUUUGGAAUAUCGGUGGAAACUGUUUAGCUGGUCUGGAAAGUCCUCGUCACGUGGUUAUUCAAAUUCUCUGUCUAACAUGAUGGUCUACCCAGAUUGUGAACGGGAAUUACGUGACAAUUUUCUUUGCGUAUCCUAGACGAACACCAGUGUACAGUGAUGUGGUAUCAUUUGCAGUUUAUUCUGCACUCGUUCUCAGUUUUCUCUCUCUGGCACGCGGCACGGUAGUACGUUGGGUGAUGGGAAGAGGACUGAGAGAGAUGACUUCCAUCUCACUUUCUGUGGCUGUCACCCUACCCGUCGUGCCUCGCGCUCCCCUGCUGAUCCUGUUGGCCGCCGUUGCUAUAAAGACUUAGAAAAACAUAGGCUUUAUUCGGUCACUUUUCCGUGAAAGCAAACAGAUGAAAUAUUUGAAUACAAUAAUAUACUCAAGAUCCAGUAAACUCAUUCAAGUAAUGAAUCAAUUCUUUUUUGUUUGCUGGACUUGAGCUGUUGCACUACUCGUGCCAAAUUCGCCAAGAGAAAGGGAUAAGUCCUCCAAUAUCCAGGCUACUUAAGUCUCAGUCGAAAAAUUGUAAACAGACUUGAAUAUAAAGCAAUCGAGUGAAAAGCUCUCUUUUUUAAGCUGUGGAAAUUUAAAAAUUUUAAUUUGCCUAUCAAUCGACAGAGUUUUUUUUAUUUGGUUAAAUAUUUUUCCAGGUGGAUUCUGACAGUCGAUUGGGGACGUAAGUUAUUUAAAAUUUCAAUACAGAUUCUAAAGCUAUGAUAAUUAAUGUUAUUAUAAACAAAGUGGUCCUAGCCGUAAUAUUAGACAUAUCAGAUAAUUUGUAAUUCUAUUUAAGAGUGAAUUGGCAGGGAAUCGAGUUUUAAUUGAAUUUUGAUCUGUUAUGUUUGUUUUCGUGUACGCGGGGAAAUGAACCGUGUAUCCCUGUGGUAGUUAUCGUGAUUAAAUGCUCUCAGACAUGAACGUGCUUUGAGCUGAGUGUCUUCUAUGAA